AUGUCUUUCUUCAGGAAUUCCAUCUACGACGACAGCGACGUGAGCUUCGCUCCCGUCUUCCGCUUCAUCGACGCCUUUGACAACUUCCAGCGCGCCGCAGGAACCAACAACGGCGACAAGGACGUUGCCUCCAAGCCAAAGGCCGGUAACAACAACAACAACGCCACCACCACCACCACCACUCCCACCGCGGGCCGUCCGCUCCUGCGCCGGCCCAUCGCCGCCUCCUUCAACCCUCGGUUCGACGUCAUUGAGACCAAGGACGCCUACGAGCUGCACGGCGAGAUCCCCGGUGCGAAGCGCGAGGACGUCACCAUCGAGUUCACCGAGCCGCAGACUAUAGUCAUCCGCGGCCGCGUCGAGCGCUCGUGGUCGUCUGAUGACGAGGCAAAGGAUUCCGAGAACGACAACAACAACAAGGAAAAGCACGAAAGCCACAAGGCCACCGUCUCCGACGAGGACGAGGAAGAGGCUCGCGAGAACGGCAGGCAAGUCACCAAGUCCUCGGACGCAAAGAAGGAGGUGGCACAGCAGCAGCAGCAGCAGCCAACCAACAGGUACUGGGUCCAGGAGCGCAGCAUCGGCGAGUUCAGCAGGACCUUUACCUUCCCCGUCAGGGUCGACGAGGCCAACGUCAAGGCCGCGCUGAACCAUGGUGUGCUCAAGGUCACCGUGCCCAAACAGGAGAAGCCUGCCAACCGCCGCAUCGACAUUCUGUGA